AUGGCCACGAGGACGAUAUCUGGCUCUGUUCCCAGAGCGAUUGCGCGGUUUCAGGGGCCCGGUGGAGUCUUUGCUUCUUCGUCGUCGCGGUCGUCGUCGGCGUCGCUGCCGCGGUGGAUGAUGAUACCAAGCUCCCGGGCUGCAUCGAGUCGAGCUUCCAGGAUUCCAGUGAUUACGUCGUCCCCGUCGCGGCACCGGCCGACGCUCUUGGGACAGCACCAGCCCGCGACAGCGCAGGUCCUGGCCAAUGCGCCGUCCAACAACAGGUCCAUCUUCAUCCAGACGGAAACCACUCCAAAUGCGGACGGCAGGGUGGACGGAGGGGAUUAUAUUCUUAAAACGCUCGAUGCUAAUAUCUCGAUAAAGGCUCUGAAAUUUAUACCCAACCACCCCGUUCUCCCAGAAGACUUCCCCUCCCCGUUCCUCGAAUACCUCUCGCCGCGCUCGACCCUCAGCGCGCCGCAUCCCUCUCCGCUGGCGGCCCGGCUGCUCAACGUCGACGGCGUGUCGUCGGUGUUCUACGGCCCGGACUUCAUCACCAUCACCAAGGCCGGCGACGCGAACUGGGCGCACAUCAAGCCCGAGGUGUUCAGUCUCAUCACGGAGGCGGUGACGUCGGGCGAGCAGCUAGUCAGCAGCGUCGCUGUGGCAGCGGAAAAAGAAGAAGGCGGCGGCGGGGCGGCGGCGGCCACGGAGACGGCGCCGGAGUAUGACGAGGCGGAUGAGGAGGUGGUGGGCAUGAUCAACGAGCUCCUGGAGACCAGGAUCCGGCCGGCCAUCCAGGAGGACGGCGGCGAUAUUGAGUUCCGCGGGUUCAAGGAUGGGACGGUGAUGCUGAAGCUGCGUGGGGCGUGCCGGACGUGUGAUUCGAGCACGGUGACGCUGAAGAAUGGUAUCGAGUCGAUGCUGAUGCAUUAUAUCGAGGAGGUCAAGAGCGUCACGCAAGUCCUGGACGAGGAGGAAGAGGUGGCUAUGAAGGAGUUCGAGCGGUUCGAAGAAAAGCUACGGCACCAGAAGGGUCCUGGUGCGACUGCGUCGACCACGGGCAAGGGCAGUCUGGACACCGCUGAGGCAUAG